CUCGCUGAGACGCAAGUCAGCCAACUCUGUUUUCUCUCCCUCUCAACAUCACCUCCCCACCACCGCCACCCAUCAUCGCCCGCCUUGCAAACCGACGAGGGCAUCGACUCCCGCUAUUCUUCUUCUGCUGCCGGCCAGCAUGAUGAACUCACGCUACUCGGCGCAACUUGCGCCUCUCCUGCUUCGCCAUGGCACGAGAACCGCCUUCUCGAGAUCUGCUCGCCUGCCUAGGACCAUGCCCGCAAUGGCCAUCAUCGUUCCUCGCAUGCAUCAAUCCACCAACAAUCAACACCAUGGAGAAAACAGUGGUCCGCCACCUGGCUUCAACAUCGAGCAGGCUAAGAAGCCAAUCGCCAAGGAGGCCGACAAAAAGUCCUCGGAACAGAAGAUCUCCAUUCCAGCUCACAAGCCUUCCGAAUCCGCUCCUACACAGGCUGCCGAGCAGCAGGCUCUGAGCGAAAUUGCCGCAGAGACUGCAGCGGAAGAAAAAGCGGAGGCGAAGAAGGACGUUGCAAAGAAGGAGGAGAAGAAAAAGAUGACCAUGUGGGAGAAGGUUAAGCACGAAGCGCAGCAUUACUGGGAUGGUACGAAACUGCUGGGCACCGAAGUGCGCAUCUCCUCGAAACUGGCCUUCAAAAUGGCGGCAGGCUACGAACUCACACGAAGAGAACACCGUCAACUCACCAGGACCGUGCAAGAUCUUGGCCGCCUUGUGCCAUUCUCGGUGUUCGUGCUGGUCCCAUUCGCAGAACUGUUGCUUCCAGUCGCCCUAAAGCUGUUCCCAAACAUGUUGCCUUCCACCUACGAGAACGCAAAGAGCAAGGAGUCCAAGGCCUCCCGCCUCCGGUCGUCAAGAAAAGAGGUUUCGAACUUCUUGCGCCAGACCAUGCGUGAGUCUGGACUUCCCGUAUCUCAAACCACAGCGCAGAAAGAGGAGUUCACAGAGUUCUUCCGAAAGUUGAAGACCACGGGAGAGGAGCCCACAAAGGCGGACAUCAUCAAGGUCUGCAAGUUGUUCAAAGACGAUUUGACUCUGGACAAUUUGUCGAGACCACAAUUGAUCGGUAUCUGCAAAUACAUGAACUUGGGCACAUUUGGCACCGAUGCCAUGCUUCGAUACACUAUCCGCCAUCGCAUGCGACAGAUCAAGCGCGACGACAAGGCUAUCAGCUUUGAAGGCGUCGAGUCGCUUUCUGUCCCAGAAUUGCAAAACGCCUGCGCCGCACGUGGUCUUCGCACUCACGGCAUGAGCCCGGGACGUCUGCGGGAUGAUCUCCAGAUGUGGCUCGAUCUGCGUCUCAAGUAUGGUGUCCCAAGCACCCUUCUCGUUCUGAGCAACGCUUUCAUGUACGCCACCGGCAAGGAGAACGAAUUCGAGGGUCAAAUGUCGGCACUCCAGGCCGUGCUUGCCAGCAUUCCAGAAGAGCUCUUCCAUGAAAUCGAGCUUGAAGUGCACACCGCCGAAGGCGCAACAACGAACAAGCAGAGGCUGCAAGUCAUCAAGGAACAGCAAGAGCUGAUCCAAGAAGAGAACGAGCAAGCCGAGGAACAGAAAGCAUCUGGUCGUACGGAGGUCGUGAACGACAAGGAGGACAUCGACGAGAAAGAGGAGGAACAGAGACAACACGAAGCUCUUGCCAAGAACAAGGACAAGGCUGAGUCGGACAUGCUCGAGUCAGAAACAGAGCUCGCAGAACAGCAAAAGCAAGAGAAACAGAGCACGGCCGCCGGCACCAAGGACGGUGCGUCGCCCACGCAGGAGAAGACUGAAACCAGGUAGAGUGGUCCAGGGCGUGUAAUGAAUACGGCGCCGACACGGAAAUUUGUUACAAUAGAGGCAUAGAACGGGUGGCGGGCGUUUUCGCGGUCGCUUUUCAUAUGUCAUGCGAAAGGCGGCCAUGCCGAGUGGCGAAUGCCAAAAUUCAAAGAUCAAUGUGUGACUAGAAAAUUCGCCCAAUGACAGGGCGCAAUGGAAGGAAGGGAUUUCGGACAAGAUACUACGCUGCUCCAUCACUCGCGGGAAAUGCAAGCAGACAAGCAUAGCUUCCAUAGAUAUCAUCACUUCCCAUAAUCAAAAUAUUUGAAACUGUAGUCCCGGA